AUGAUUGAAGAUGAAAGAUGGGAUCAUGCAUGGUGGAUGCCGAAUAACUCUGGCAAGUUCACUGUGAGCUCAUCCUGGGAAUUAAUCAGGCAUAGAGCUGACGAAAAGGAAUUAUAUAGGCUCUUGUGGGUCAAAGGAAUUCCUUUUAAAAUUAAUUUCUUCUUCUGGAGACUAUGCAAGCAAAGACUACCUGUUGGGGAGAUGAAUAGAAGUAUGGGUUUCUCUUACAAUGGAAUCUGCACCUGUUGCAAUGAUCAAGUAACAGAAACCUGGGACCAUUUGUUUGUUACUUGUCAAAAAUCUGCUAGAUUAUGGCAUGUUUUUUCUUCCUCUGCAGGUGUACCAGGUCCUUUUAUACAACUCAAAUAUACAAUAUACAGAUGGUGGAAUGCUAAAUGCAACACUAAGUUGAAACCUGUAUAUCAAGCUAUGCCAAUCUUCAUCCUUUGGCAGAUUUGGAAGGCAAGGAACACAGUAAAGAAUGGAGGCAAAUACUCUUAUUGGAGAAUGGAGAUGGAAGUUAAUACUAACAUCUCUCUAUUUGCUCGAAACAGAUACCCUUGGUUAAAUCAUAUGCCAACGUCAUGGCCUGAAAUAAUUCAGUUUUUGGAUCAGUAUAUGCCACCGAUUCAAGCUCAAGUCAUUACAUGGUCAGCUCCGAAACAAGGAGUAUAUAAGUGUAAUACUGAUGGCUCGUUCAAAAAGAAUUCUGGUACCAGCUCGUGUGCAUUCUGUAUUAGAAACUGGGAAGGUGAUUUAACUUAUGCAGAAUCAAGGAAACUGGAAGAAGAUAACAGUCUUAACGCUGAAGUCAUGGCUAUAAGAAUAGCUCUAAAACACUGCUUCAAUAAUCAAUUCACCCCAUUGAUUAUUGAAACAGAUUCUCUGAUUGCAAAGAGAGUUGUACAAGGUACUAAGAAAUUAACAUUUAACUCUUUUCAGGAAUUACCAACACAGGCCAAGACAAUCCUUAAUAUGGAUAAAUCCCAGAUGCCAAACAUCAGAAUCAAGAAGUUCCAAAACAAGGAGUUCAACUGCUCAUCACCAACAUAA